AUGGAAAAUAUGCUAGAUGUAAAGAAUGUAGAUGAUCCAAAGAUUAUACGAAAGCGAAUAUAUUAUGAUAGAACAGGAAUUCAAUAUUGUUUACCUAUAAAUGAAUAUAAUUUUGGAUCCAAUAGAAUAAAUUUAGCACAUGUGACAGAUAUAGAUAAUAUUGGAAAACGAAUUUGUGAUAAAUGUAGAGAAUUAAAGUUUUGUAAUGCAAAUUCGAUGAUAAAUAACAAUUGCUGUGGAAUCACAACAUGUCAGAUGAAUAAUGUGAGAAAUCCAAUGUUCAUAUUUAACAAUAUUGGAAUGUUUAUUCAUCAUCAUGUGCUUUGUUUAGAGUGUUUUAAUUCAUGUAAAAAAGAUAUUCUUAUAAUUCUUCGAAAUAGAAAAUAUUCAGGAAAACCUCGUUUGUUAAAUGAACAAAGAAAAAAAAGAAAUAAACAACCACGAAAAAAAAGGAUUAAAAAAAAUAAAAAGAUACCAAGAUUAUAUGAUAUUGAUAGUUUUACACCUCCAACAAUAUAUAAUUACAAGUUAAAACCUGAUAGAAGUGACAAAAUAUAUGUAACUUUCAAUGCAGAACAAACACAAAAACGUAUAAUGCUUCGAACAAAUUCUGCUGAAGAAUUUUAUUUGAAAGGAUUUCAAAGAGAUUAUAGAUUUAUCAGAGCAGAUAAAUUUAAUAAUUAUAGAAAACGUUUUUGUAAAAUUUGCAAGAAUUUAACUUAUUGUAUAGAUAUAUAUGUUAUUAGUGGAAGAAAUUUUGGAAGACAUCCUCUUUGCAAAGAAUGUAAAGAACAAAUUCAUAGGUUUCCUGGUGCUUUAUUUAAAUCAUUUGAAAUAAAGCAGCAAGCAGAAGAUUAUGUAAACAAUAUGAUUGAAAAAGAAAAUAUAUUUGUUUGGACUGAUGGAUGUUGUGAAAAUAAUGGUAAAAAAGAUGCUAGAGCAGGUAUUGGAGUUUAUUGGUCAGAAAGAAAUCCAUUGAAUUUAAGUGAAAGAUUACCAGGAUAUUUACAAACAAAUAAUCGAGCAGAAAUUUUUGCAGUAAUUCGUGCUAUUGAAACUUGUAUAGAAAAUGAUAAAUGUUUAGUGAUAUAUACAGAUAGUAUAUAUGUAAUCAAUUGUCAAGGAGUAAAGAAUCCUAAAAAGAAUCUUGAUUUAGUUAUUAGAUUGAAUAAUCUGAUUAAAGAACGAAAAGGAAAAGUAGUUUUUAAAUAUGUUAGAGGUCAUCAUGGAAUUGAAGGUAAUGAACAAGCAGAUAAAUUAGCAUAUUUAGGAUCACAAAAACCAUUUGUAGAAUUAAUUAUACCUGAAUCUUUAAAUAUGUUAAAACUUUGUCUUUAUUGUAAACAAGAUAAUCAUCAUAUUACUGAAUGUCUAGAUUAUAAAAAACAAAAUUUCAAUACUUGGUGGCAAGAUGAUUAUCAAUCAAAUUUUCGAAGACCUAUUAUGUAUUCAGAUAAUGAAGGUCAUAUUGUUGAGUAUCUUCAAGUCAAA